GGGUGGCAGAAGAUUAAGACAGACACACUAUGAGGAUGAAAGUCUUCAUUUUCCUGGUGGUGAAUGUGGCAGUUUCAUCAGCAAUCCCCACAAAGCCAAAUGGACCAAUGAUAGUGGACAUUGGAGAAGACAAAGACAUUCCAGAAAUAAACAAGGAUUUACCUGAUGAUAUCUUGGAGGCUCCAAACACACAAAGGAGUGUUGUCAUUGGUGAUAACGAACUGUGGACAUCUCCAGUUCCAUAUGUCUUGGAAAAGGACCUUGAGAUGAAUGCUAAAGGAAUCAUCCUGAGAGCAUUUGACCAGUUCAGGCUGAAAUCAUGUAUUGACUUCAAACCAAGGGACUCGGAGGAAUAUUACAUUUCUGUCCAAAAGCUGAGUGGAUGCUUUUCAUAUAUUGGGCGAGUUUUUGCCAGUGGACAGAACCUCUCCAUUGGGGCAUUUUGUGAUAGCUUAUCCGUUGUUGAACAUGAGUUUCUCCAUGCCCUCGGCUUCUACCAUGAACAAUCCAGAUACGACAGAGAUGAUUAUGUGACGAUUGCAUUUGAAAACAUCAUAAAAGGUCGUGAGCAUAAUUUUCGCAAAGUUAGCAGCGAAGACAGCACCACCCAGGGAGUCCCAUAUGACUACCUCUCAGUGAUGCACUAUGGCAAAAAUUAUUUCUCCAAUGGCAAUGGAUUAACAGUUAUCACCAAAGAUCCAAAGUUCCAGGAUGUGAUUGGUCAAAGACUGGAAAUGAGUCCCCGUGAUGUUAUGGAGCUGAACCUACUCUACAAAUGCAAUUCAUCCAUUGCCUUUAAGAUGUACUGUGGCUUUUCUGAAGAGACUAUCUGUGACAUGAGCCGCUGUUCACGCACUGGUACUGACUGGGAAAGAGUACAACAUGUUAGUGGGGGUCCUACUACUGACCACACCAGUCUACCCAAUGGAAAUAAUGAUCAAGGUCAAGGUUCAGGUCACUUCAUGCAUGCUAGCACAGCAUCAGGUCAGGAGGGAGACUCAGCCUGGCUGGAGACCCAGAGGAUGAGUCUCAACAGGGAGUGUCCCAGCCAGUGCCUCCAGUUCUACUAUUACCACAGUGGGAACCAGUCAGACCAACUCAACAUCUGGAUGAGAGAGUUUCAAGAUGAGCAGGACUCCACAGGAACCCUCCGCCUCAUGGCACAGAUCACUGGGACACCAACAUCUCACUGGCAGCUCCAGCAUGUUCCUCUGAAUGCCACCAAGAACUUCCAGGUGGAGUUUGAGGUUCGUAAAGGACCAGGGAACUCUACGGGUGGCUUCUCAAUUGAUGACAUCAAUCUGUCUGAGACAGAGUGUCCACAUCUAACCAUGCAGAUGGAUGAGUUUGAGAAGGUUUUGAACACCACUGAGUUUUCAGCCAUUAAAUACAGCCGACGGCAGUACUCCAGAGAGGGCUAUGCUUACAGGAUAGCAACAACAUUCGACAGAGAAUUCUUUGGAAUGCAUGUGCAACUGGUGUCUGGUGACUAUGAUGACCAGCUGGAGUGGCCUUGCCCAUAUAGACAGGUGACAUUCAAAAUGCUGGAUCAGAACCCCAACAUACAGCUGCAGAUGUCAAAGGAAAGGAGUCUCACCACUGACCCAAACUGGAAUGAUGGAAAGGGUACCUACUACUGGGAUAAUCCCCGUAAGAUUGGAACUGAAGUUACAGAUGAAUAUAAUGAAACAUUCUUUGCUGGAUUUCGGAUUGGCUGGAACAAUCUGGCAUCUUUGGAAGAACUUCAAUCCAGAGAGUUCCUCAAGGGAGGGAGUGCCAUUUUUGUUUCCAGUUUCCAAGAUCUCACUCCUCUUGUAAAUGGAAGUGCGCUUCCAUGUCCUCAGAUCCCAACAGUGAAGAUAACAAAUCUGCCCCGAGCUCAGGAUAAUGGCCCAUGUUCACUGCCCUCAACCAGCACCACUACAACUCCUCAAACAACAGAUGAUAACAGGCUCUCCAUCACGACUAUGCUUCCUCCUCAAACGACGGAUGAAAAAAGCAUUUUUAGCUUCUCUCCUGGCAUGGUGGCUUCUCCUCUCUUCACCCUGCUGCUGCUGGCACUGAUGCUUUUGACACCUUGAUGUAAAUCCUCGUCUCACCUCUUCACAUGCACAGCAUCAGAAAAUUUGCCAUAUACCUUUUAGAGUUCAGCCAUUUUGUUGAUGUUAUCUAAAUAUAAUUAAAAGGGGAGGCAGCAGAAUGCAGUUAAUACUGUGGAGGGACACAUACUGUAUACUGGUUUACUGUAUAAUGGGGAAAUUUAGUGCUGAACCACAUACAUAGGGGAUUCUAAUAAAUGUUUUGCUGUUGGUGUUGGGCCCUUUUUUGAAGAUAAUGAUGAUGAUUUGAUUGUUUGUUAAAAAGAAUGUUCAUAGUGUGAUAAUAAAUUCCGUUUUCAAAUUA